GGAAGUACUAAUUUUUAUUUUGAUGAUCAGAGCAAGUGAUGAUUCACUUAAGUAAACAAGUAAGUCAGUGUCGACAUCGUGAAACAUCGGAAAUACUCAUAUGCUUAUAUUGGAAAAUUCCAACACUCAUAUUCGCAUAUGUGUUGGGAUUUGCAUCAAUCCUCGGAAUCACGGCAGGAGCUCACCGUCUCUGGUCCCACAAAGCCUAUAAAGCAAAAACACCGCUUCAAGUUUUACUGGUGUUCUUUUUCCUAUUGUCUGGUCAGCGGUCAAUCUUGACAUGGGUGGAAAACCAUCGCAUACAUCACAAGUACUCCGAUACGGAUGCGGAUCCCCAUAAUGCGACGAGAGGUUUCUUCUUCUCCACCUUGGGAUGGUUGGCUGUGGAGCCGCAUCCAGAAGUAAUGAAACAAAGAAAGUUGACUGACCUUUCAGACUUACUACAAAUUCCCGCAGUAAAAUUUCAACACGAAUACGUCGAAAUCCUGAUAACUUUGGUGGCCCUUAUCUUUCCCACAUAUAUUCCGACUUUUUGGGGAGAAUCGCUGUAUGUUUCGUUUUUCGUCAACUAUUUCCGUCUGCUGGUGGUACUCACUAUAUCAGGCUUUAUAAACAGCAUUGCUCAUCUGUGGGGAAAUAAACCAAUCGACAAGACAGCUGUUGGGACGCAAUUCACAUUUAUUGGAGCUCUGGCGCUGGGAGAAGGGUUCCACAACUACCACCACGUGUUCCCUUACGACUACCGGACGUCAGAAGUAUUGGACACUAAAUACAAUUUCACUGCGGUUUUUAUAGAUUUAAUGGCUAAAAUCGGAUGGGCGUAUGAUCUCAAAGAGGUUCCAGAAGAGACUGUGAGGUCAAGAGUACUAAAAAAAGGUGAUGGGUCUGAUAAAUAUUAUUUAUAAAGCCAUGAGACUAGAUUUUCUGAAUGACUGACCAUUGUACCAGAUGAGAUGCUCGUCAACAUUUGUGGCGCAUUUAUAUUAGUGUGCUAGGUACCUAUGAUUACACAUAGCAUACGUAAAAUAAGCAUAAAUACAUUUUUUUAAACUA